CUGUCCGCAAUACCUUAUUUGGGGAUUGGACUCACACCACUAGUUAGUAUUUAUUUAUUAUUAACAUUAACAUAAAACAAAACAUACGGCGCACUAUACCCAUCAAGCACAAUGUGGCAAACGCUGCUCGGCCUCAGUUGUCAAUAAAGCAAGCGGACGGACGGACAGACGGACGGGCAGCACGACGACGACAACAACAACAACAGCAACAACAACGAAACGCAGCCAGCGACGCGCUGACAACAAAAACAAUGAACAACAAUUUCGUAUGAAUUAAAAAUGUAUGUAAAUGCUUAACGGACCCUAGCGAAAGACCCGCCUUCUAUACAUUUGCGCCCCAGUAAUGAGUUGCCAUCGUCUCGAUGAACAACACACAAGCAACAACAGCAACAAAAAGAACAAACAAACAAAAAUAAAAACAACACCUGAGGGCGAACGUCAAAGAAGAAGACGACGACGAAGCCGGUGAGAGAAUCGACAACAACAACAAUAAUAGCAGUAGCAGCCAGCAAAAGCAACAACAACAAACCAAUUUCCAGUCCAAAGCAUAAGAAGAAAGAAAGUAAGCUUCAAGUGAAAAUUAGGCCAACAUUUGCAACAGAAGCAACAAGAACAACAACAAUAACAAUAAAAUAUAGAAAACGUUAUCCAUGAAACCUCAGCCAUAAGUGGCAAACAACAAUAAAAAUAAUCAAAAAAAUAAAUUAACAAAAAACCAAUACCUCAAAAUGGACUUUCUGGCCAAUUUCAUCAAGAAUCCCCAAAGCAUGCUUUCCACAUACAUCGAUCUGGACUAUUCACUAUGGCUAUAUCGCUUCCUAACGCCGCUGAUUGUAACAUUCCUGUUGCCGCUGGUCUUCGUUGCCCUCAUCUAUAUAUCAUUCUUGGUGCUCUUCAUCUACAAGUUGCACAGGCAAGUUAUAAUGCGAGCGGUGCAAACGGAUCGGAAUUUCUGGCGCGUGGGUCGCAAGAUUGUGGCCGCCAUCUGGGAUGCACAUGCGCGCAUCUAUCACGGCUACGAAGUGAUCGGCCUGGACAAUAUACCCCAGGAGGGACCAGCGCUGAUCGUGUACUAUCACGGCGCGAUCCCCAUCGAUAUGUACUAUCUGAACUCGAGAAUGCUGCUGCAGCGGGAGCGAUUGAUCUACACGAUCGGUGAUCGUUUCCUGUUCAAAUUGCCCGGCUGGGGCACGAUCUCGGAGGCGUUUCACGUCAGUCCGGGGACGGUGCAAUCGUGUGUGAGCAUACUGCGCGAUGGUAAUCUGUUGGCGAUAUCGCCGGGCGGCGUUUAUGAGGCGCAAUUCGGUGAUCAUUACUACGAGCUGCUGUGGCGCAAUCGCGUCGGUUUCGCCAAGGUGGCCCAAGAGGCCAAGGUGCCGAUCAUACCGUGCUUCACACAGAAUCUGCGCGAAGGUUUUCGCCAGGUGGGCAUAUUUCGUACGUUCUUUAUGCGAUUGUACAAUAAGGUGCGCAUUCCGGUUUAUCCGAUCUACGGCGGAUUUCCGGUCAAGUUUCGUACAUAUCUGGGCAAGCCCAUCGAAUACGAUGAGAACCUGACGGCGCAAGAGCUGCAAAUAAAGGUGGCCACAGCGAUCGAAGAACUGAUUAAUCAGCAUCAGCGUCUGCCGGGCAGCAUACUGAUGGCACUCUUGGAUCGUCUGCCUGCAUUCAAAGCUCAGCGCAAAGAGGAAAAUGAGAAGGAGAAGGAGAAAGCGAAGGCGGAAUGAAUCACGCUUCGCAUCUCAAAACAAUUGUUACUAACUGUGUUAAUGACUAAUAUCUACAAAACAAACAAAACAAAAACAUGAACUUAAACAAAGCGCCGCCAUAAGACUUCGUUCCAUGUACUUCACUAUAUUAAUAUUGCUGUAAUCGUAAAAAAACAUAACUUCCUUUAUACAUAUACAUAUAUACUUUAUGUACAUUUCUUUAGUCAUUUAAGUCUCUCCCUCGCUCCUUUGAGUGCAAUAAUAACAAUUCGCCUUGUAUCGCCGUAAGCAUUUUAAGCUCACCUCCUUGUAUAGCUCAUAGUUCUUUUUUUUUUUUUUUCUUUAACUAAAUAACUUCUUGUACUUUGGUUUAAUUCUUACACGAAUAGAUUGCUGUAUUUUUGAGUGUGACUGAAUAAUAAUGAGUGCGCGCGCGAAUGUGUAUAAAUAAGAUUGUAAUUAGCUUUCUUUUUUUACGC